GGACGGACUGGUGUGUACCUGUCUGUUGUGUUGGUGUUUCUGAAUCUCAGCAGUGCAGAGUGAAGAAGACACAACAACAGAAAGCAAUUGGGUGAAUUUGGUGAAUUGGGAAGGGCGGAACUGGAGCAUUCAAAAAUUCAAAAGAUUAUUUAUUUAUUUACGAUGAAGAAGAUGGGUGGUGGGUGGUGGGUGGUGGGUCGAGUGGCAUCUGAUGAUGGUGUUUAGGGUAAUAAUGCUCUGCCACUGCCUCCCUCUCUAUCUCAAUCUCAAUCUCAAUCUGUAUGCAGCAGCAGAAACAACGUCUGAAGAAUCCGAAGGAGGAUGCCAACAAGAACUGAGGAGGAUAGUAGAUGUGAAGGGCCCCGACUCAAUUGUGUGGGUGGUUCAGCUCUCUGAUCUCCAUUUCAGCGUCCACCAUCCCGACAGAGCUCUCGACUUCAAUAAUUUUGUGGGGCCCGCCCUCUCCUUCAUCACCCCUUCUCUCGUCUUCAUCACCGGUGAUCUCACAGAUGGAAAAAGCAAGGAUUUGUUGACAAUGAAGCAAAAUGAGGACGAGUGGCUGGAAUACCGCAACGUCAUGGAAGACGUCAUCAAAAGGAGUCGACUUGACAAGACCCUCUUCUUUGAUCUCAGCGACAACUUUGGCGUCCCACAGCUCGGCGGCUUUGAUUUCUUUUCAAAGUAUAGCAUCAGUGGCCACUUGGGCAGAAGUCGGAAUGUCAACAGUGUCACUCUUCAGACUGCUGAUCGGAAGCAUCUCUUUGUUGGAGUUGAUAGCACAAUGCCUGUUGGUUUACGAGGUCCGACUAAUCUCUUUGCUCAUCCAAUUGAUCAACUAUUAGCAGAACUGGAUACGCACCUCUCACAGUGGAACUCUAGAUCACAAGAACUAUUAAGCAAGAUUUCCUUCGGGCAUUUUCCUCUUUCAUUCUCAGCGACCUCAAACUCCGGGAAGAGCCUAAAAGAUAUAUUCCUCAAUCAUUCCAUAUCAGCUUAUAUAUGUGGGCAUCUGCAUUCUAGGUUUGGUAGAAACUUGAAGAGGCGCCAUCUGUUGAGUCAUCACUUUUUAUCGUUGCAGAAGUUUUUCCAGCUUAAUGUACAUCGGCCGUAUUUUCAUAGUGCUGUUAACUGUUCAACUGAAGCCCCAGCGGGCAAAGAGUUCUGGGAGUGGGAGAUGGGUGAGUGGAAGAGGAGCAGAGCCAUGAGAAUUUUGGCCAUUGAUAGAGGCCAUGUUUCGUAUGUUGACAUUGACUUCAAGUCAGGCACCAGGACAAUCAUCUUGCCAACUUUUCCCCUGGACUCACGGUUCACGUCAAUAUCUUCAUCCCAUCACGAAUAUGAAUGUCAUGAUAUGGUCCCUUUAUCUUAGGCAGUUAGAGCCCUGGUGUUUUCUGUUUCUCCAAUUGCAUCAAUUACGACUAAGAUCUAUGACUCAAGACCUGGAUUUCUCUAUCUGGUAUUUGACAUGCACAUGAUUGGGGAUAAUACCUCCAGGGGAGAUCUUUUUGUUGGUCCAUGGAAUCAUAGAGCCUUUGAUGAUCCAGUCCCUAACAGAUACUGGUUGCAAAUAGAAGCAACAGACUUCAUGGGCAGAUCAACGUUAUCUGAUUUAAGGCCGUUUUCUGUUAAUGGUCUUACUACUACGAUUUCUUGGACUUGGAAGGAAUUUAUGGUCAUGGGUUGUCAAUGGGCUGCCUUGUAUUACCCAAUGCUCUGGUGUGCUGUAUAUUUCAUACUCUGUGUUCUCCUUAUUCCAAAAGCUAUCCUUAUUUUCUCAGUUAGACAUUUCACUUACAAGAAUAAGGGCUUUGUAAAUGCUAUAGGAUUGGUUUUUCAGGAGCUCUGCAAGCUUCCCGUAGCAUGGUUUGGUUUCUUAGGAUACUUAUUCUACCUUAUAUUAUUCCCCUGGUUUAUUGGGCAAGUUUUCACAGACGGAAAGGAUAAAGGAUACAUGACCUAUAUGGGGUGGGUGGUUAAAUCUUUCAAUCAAAACGGAAAACACAAGUACGUUGGAUCUCCAGAUGUUAUGGUGGUGGUUCUUCCACAUCUUUUCUUUGUGGUUUUUCCUGCUCUUACAUACAUGUCAUAAAUAUGUGAAUACUUUUCCAGACUUCUUAAGAUAAGGCAAGAGAAGUGUUUGGAACCUUGCAACCACCAUUCUGAAACGUUGCGGGGUCUCUAAACUAAAUUCUUUUCUUCUGUCGUCCUGGGAACCGUUUUGAAGUAAUGAGUAUGAGGGAACAAAUCAAGAUGCAUCUUGUGUUUUCUUUGUAAUUGCAUAUUGUACUAAUGUAUGUUUUACUUUGGUUUCUAUGUUUCGUUUGUCUCUGGAUUGCAGAAUUGCAGGACUCUCGUCAAAGCAUAUGAGAUGAAUCCCGUUCUCCAUUUUCCAGGAUAUAGCCUAACAAUUCCACUACUGUUGGCUUAUACUGCCUACAAAACCAGGAGUGUAUAAAUACCACAUGUGCAUUGCAGGAAGCGAAAUUUGUCUCACAUUUCUUCAUGGUGUAUCAGCAUUCCUUGUUACUCGCUGGUAACCAGAUUAGGGCGGAGUCAUUUAUGCAACUUGGGUUUGGAUCAGGUGACGAAACAAAACAACCGGAAAAUUGAUGCUUUGAGCCUUAGACGUCUGCCAUGGCAAAUGCAUUUGUACGUAUGGGGUUGGAGAUGACUUGUACCUGCGAUUUGAGAAAUUGUGUUGGGAAAGCAGGCAGCCCUGGGCCCCCACCUAGCUAAUCUACACUACGCAAGGGAUACUUUUGUUCUUUUUGUAUCUUGCUUGCUACUGAUGUGGGAUUUGCAAUUCAUCUCUCUUUUGCAUCGUGUA